CUGGGUUUCCUGCUGGUAGACUUCUCUUUGUGUAGGAGAACCCAGGAAGGCAGGUCACUGGGCACAGGAUUUCCAGGAGCAGGCUGGGAAUCAGUUAUUGGCCAGUUUAGCUGGACAUCAGGGGCUGGCAUGUCGGGCUGCGCAGUGGGCAGAGGCACGUCAGCGGGCACCAAGUCAUCUGGCACGACAGCGGGCACCGAGUCACCGGGCACCGAGCCAUCUAGCAGAACCGCGGGCACAGAGUCACCUGGCAAGUCAGCGGGCACUGAGUCACCUGGCAUGUCAGCGGGCACCGAGCCAUCUAGCAGAACCGCGGGUACUGGGUCACCGAGCUCGACAGUGGGCACCGAGUCAACUGGCACGACAGCGGGCACCGAGUCAUCUGGCUCGACAGCAGGCACCGAGUCAACUGGCACGACAGCGGGCACCGAAUCAUCAGGCAUCAAGUCAUCCGGCUCGACAGCGGGCACUGAGUCAACUGGCACGACAGCGGGCACUGAGUCAACUGGCACCGAGUCAACUGGC